UUCUGGAGGGCCAGGAACAAACAGGCUUCAAAGCCAAGGUCUCAGCUGGCAGGUGGGGGCCGGGUCUUUCACCUCUGUCCCCUCUCCCUACUGGCACAUAUAAGACCCUAGUUCCACUUGGGAGUUGAGGAGGGGAAGGUGCCUGCAGCAAGAUGGAUGUGGGUAGCAAAGAGGUCCUGAUGGAGAGCCCACCGGACUACUCAGCAGCCCCCCAGGGCCGGUUCCGCAUCCCUUGCUGCCCUGUGCACCUCAAACGCCUUCUCAUCGUGGUCGUGGUGGUGGUCCUUGUCGUCGUGGUGAUUGUAGGGGCCCUGCUCAUGGGUCUUCACAUGAGCCAGAAACAUACUGAGAUGGUCCUCGAGAUGAGCAUUGCGGGGCCGGAAGCCCAGCAACGCCUGGCCCUGAGUGAGCGUGCGGGCACCACUGCCACCUUCUCCAUCGGCUCCACUGGCAUUGUAGUGUAUGACUACCAACGGCUCUUGAUUGCCUAUAAGCCCGCCCCGGGCACCUACUGCUUCAUCAUGAAGAUGGCUCCGGAGAGAAUCCCCAGCCUUGAGACUCUCACUAAAAAGCUCCAGAACCUCCAGCCCUGCUCUUUCCAGGUCAAGCCCGCAGUGCCCCCCUCUGAGCUGGGCCAGGUGGAGGGUCGAGACAAUGGCGCAGAGUCUUCCAGGAGCGUGGACUUCCUGGGCCCCACUCUGAGCACCCUGUGUGGCGAGGUGCCGCUCUACUACAUCUAG